GAAUUCACUGAAUUCGUUCGCUCAGUCUAUCAGAUGUCGAAACCUGUCGAGCGAAGGAGUAGCGUUCAGCUGAGUGUAAGCAGUACCGAACGUAGUACAUCCCUUGAGGAGAUUAUUAGCAAAAAGACCGAAGAAGCGUUCGCGGCAUUGGAUAAAAACAGCGAUGGAUAUGUGGAAGUGGAAGAUUUAGUGGAAUUUUUCAAGGUGAACAAGUCUCUAGUAUUACUAUAA